AUGCAGCGGGUGUCCGUCUCGGUCAGGCCGCUUCUGCGGGCUACAGCGUCUGCUGGAAGGCCUCAUGUAUGCCUGCCGCCCUCUAGAGCGUUCGGCACCUCGCCGUCAUGGUCUGCCGUCGACCACCGACGAGCUGCGGGAAAGCUGCAGAUCGUGACCAUCGAUGAUAAGCUUGCACAAUUCAAUCUUGACGAGAUGAUCGAUACCCGCCAGGUUCGAGUCAAAACCGCCGACGGCAAAAUCUCGUCGCCCAUCGACCUGCGCCAAGUCCUGAAAUCUAUCGACCGGACGACCAGCCAUGUUCUGCAGCUCAGCAAGUCUGGAGAGCAUGAGUUCGCUAUUGUACAAGUGGUGGAGCGGGCCAAUUUGAUCAAACAGAUCAAAGAGAAGGAGACCGCACAACGACGUGUCCAGCAUGCGCAGAAGGAGAAGCGGCCCAAACAGAUCGAACUCAACUGGGCCAUCAGCAGCAAUGAUUUACAACUCAAGUUGAGGCAGAUGGAGGAUUUUCUGCGAAAGGGCAAGAAGGUGGAACUGCUCCUCGCUUCCAAGAGGCGUCAGCGGAAAGCCUCCACAGAAGAAGCAGAAGCCUUGUUGAAGACGCUCAGGGAGAAGAUCCAGGAAGUCGGUGCCGCCGAGAUUUCUCCAAUGGAGGGAGCUAUCCUCAGACAAGCGACAAUGACGGUCAAGAUCUCUUGA